AUGUCAACUCUCCAAUCGAUGGCCCAAAUGGCCAUGGGAUUUCUCUGCGAAACCAAUGAUCAUCCUGCCAAUGAUCACCCUAACAAUGAUCACCCUACCAAUGAUCAUCCUACCAAUGAUCACCCUACCAAUGAUCAUCCUACCAAUGAUCACCCUACCAAUGAUCAUCCUACCAAUGAUCAUCCUAGUCGCCGUGACAUCGUGACUGAACGGUCAGAAGAGGACUGGUUGGUAAUACUGAUGGAACAGCUCGUCACCGCGGAAACCGAAGCCUAUAAACUUCGGUCGCCAGGGAAUACGGAUCUCAUGGACAAAAUAGGCCUCGCACGCCAAAUGGUCGUCAACUCUUACCCUGAAGCAACCGAUUUACUUGGUCAAUUCCAGAUCAAACCGGAAGACAGCAACUUCUUCAUCGCCGGCCAUCAGUCAGGCGCACACCUGCCGGACAUCCUACAGUCCUUUGCAAAGUUACCUACAUUCCAGGGCCAAGGCUAUGCCUCUCCUAUUAAAUUCGAUCCCAACAAAGUUGAAACCCACAUCCACCUCUUCAAUUUUGAAGACGACACGCAACUAUCGUAUGAGACACAGACCGAUAUCUUGAGCCAAAGUCAAGGUGAAGGAGAAGGAGAGGUUCUGGCCUUUGCUAAAUCUAUCGAAUUAAAAAAAAGGUCCAAGUUUCAAUGGCCACGUUUCUCAUAUCAUGACUGUCGGCCUACUAUCGAGGAAGCUCACGAAGCUAUUGAGGCUUUGAUCGCCCAAGCCCAUAGGAACAUCACGGCUACAUCUUUCAGUAGCGGGGCUUCCGUUAGCCUACACAACCCAAUCCUCCAGCAUCCGGGAAAACGGCUAGAUGAGCUAUCGCAACAACCAGAAUUUCCCGACUAUACACAGGUGUAUUUGCACAUUGUCGACAAGAACGGCGUCACUCCAUUCCAUACGGAGGACAACGGACUCCGGUCAUUCAACCUUUGUCACAUUGGAUACAAGGCCUGGAUCAUUAUCCCCGACAGCUCGCGGAAUAGUUUUGAGGAGUAUAUUCUGCGCAAGAUAGGUCUACCGACAAAUCAACUAUCGGAGGCUGGUAUCGAGUACCGCGUCAUAGUGCAAGGCCCUGGCGAGUACGUGACUAUAACCUCAUCGGAAUAUCACAUGGUCAUCGGCCUUACAUCAUCACUUGCCACAUCUCACAAUCUUCUGUAUCCAGACGAUCCCGAUAUUAUGAUAGCUUUAGAAGAUGCGAAGCUAUGUGAGGAAUGUAACAAUCACCCUGUCGUUCGUGACUACAACGCCAACCACUCACCCAAAAUCGGUAGCCGGGCGGUUCCCACAGUUCAGACUCUCCUCCAACAAUUAGCCCAACAGAAACGCGAGUGCAACAUCAACAGCAACGAUAAUGGCAGCGGCAAUCAGAGGCAUGGGGAGCAAAACAACAGCAGCGGAGAUAACGCGACGACCAGGACAAACAAUGGCGACAAGAGGAAAAGGACAGCAUUACCCGCCGAAACGAACUCGGCCAAGCGCAAAAAGCCUCCCCCAAGAAGCGCUCCAGCGGUAGCCAGUAAAGCUGCAGAGCAGAGCCACACAACCGUUACUGCCUCUUCAUCUCUACAAACACUUCCCCGACCUGAGAUACGCCACCGCACCAAAGAGCCAGCCGAACCAGCGCAGCGGAUGAGCCGCAGAGACGCCGUCGUGUUACGUGCACCAACGCCAACGUCUGUAUCUGCAGACUUACCAGAAGAGCCAGCAGUCCGGGAGCGGGAGUCUCAGAGCCUAUCCCCAGGCACCAAUCACAAGAGUGUCAACAAUAAUAAAGAUAGUGCGACUGCCCCCAACACCACCGUGUCCUCCCUGUUACCCUCUACACGGCAUGAGAAUCUGUCCCAAUUUGACACAUUCUAUAUGUCGAACCCACUUUGUAGGGACCAGCUCGUCGCUCUGCCAGCACACAACAGAUGCGGCCUUGCCGCCAUCCUCCACACAAGACAGGCGUUAGUCGACUUUUUAGCUGCCGUCAAGGGCCAUCAGAACGACAUCUCUAACGGCGGCGGCGUAAGUAAACUUGAGAAAGACCUUUCGUCUAGUAACGAUUCUGAAGACCCAGCAACCUGCGCUAUGCGAAACGCUAUUCUCGAAAUGGUAAAAAGUGAUCGUCAUAUUAUUAGUAAACAGAGAUCCGAUUACAGACAGCGUUUCUUUUGCUACCUCGCUCAUCGCCUGUGGAAAGACGCUGGAAUUGAGAAGGCGCAGGGAGACGGUCAAAUCAGACAUGAUACCGUCGUCAGGAAAAGACUUAUCCAACAAUUACUCUCAUCAGAGUCCGGGCAACAGGACGCGGCAGUAGUGUCAAAAUAUAUCAACAAAGUCCUACGCCAGGGAGCCCAAUGGGUUUCUGUGGCAACAGGCAUAGGCAUAGGCAUGGGUGUUAUCGCCCUUAUACCUUACCGAAACAAAAGGGUGCACGCUCUUAACGUUACUGCCGGUUACUACUGCAACGGCCUGGGCAGUAAACAAUCAUCAGCCACGAGGCUGCAAGAGUUCCAGUCGGCCCUCGAUACCCCCUACAUGAAGACACUGCUUACUGCCGCUGACUCUCUGGCCAAUGCCAUUGUGCAGAAGAAGGAUAUACGCUUUCAAUUUGACGAUUAUCAUGGCGACGAGCCCAUCUCAUCCCUCCCAGAGGCCGACAUCUGCCGCCUUCUUGUGACGGUCCCGUCUGUUGAUCCUGGUGCGGGCACCGACUGA